AUGUCUGACGUGCGUAUUUUUUCCAGAAUAUGUCGAUUCUCAUUAUGAAAAUUUCACUUUAUUAAUAACUUUGAUCAUCACGGGUCACAAGCAAAAAGAAAUCAAAACUUUGGAAUUUUCAGAUAAUCGCAAAAGUUGGCGAGAAGCUGGUCGAGGUCGAGGAGAAGCUCGCGUCAGCUCUCAGCAUGGGAGUCGCAGAUCACGUAAAUUUUUUUGUUCGGAUUUUUUUAAAUUUAAAAAAAUGAGGGAUUUAUAUGUCGGUUUUUGGAAAAUGGUAAUUAGGCUUUUCUCUCUCUUUAUUUUGCACCGUGUCUUGAUUUUUAUUCUGAAAAACUUUUCAAGUUCGGUCGGCUUUUUUUUCCUUAUUUGAUAGUUCUUCUGAUCUGAAAGUUUGAUCGAUAGUUCUCUGAGAAUUGUGACUUUUGCCGGGUUGAACGCAGCAGUUCCUGUUUGCAUCGGCCAAGUGACCCCUUGCGAAUCAAUUUUCUUCUUCCGAAAAUCAAGAUCACGAGGUUGAAUGAGAAUUCGCAUAGAAAGCUUACAUAGCGGGAGUCUUUCGAGUUUUUUUUUCAGUUAAAUUUUUCUCUAGCUAUAUAUGUACGUUUUAAAAAAAAUGCAAUGCUAUUUAAAAUAGAAAAAGUUUUAAUACAGAAAAUUUUGGAAAUCCUUGAAGUAUCUUUGAAAGCGUUAGUUUCACAUAAAUUCGAACUUUCGGAUAGUUCCAACUCUCAAUAAACAUUUCAUCGCGUUUUGCGAGAGUCAGUGGGUCUGCUGUGUUCGAAAGAGCUUUUAGUAAUAGAAAGUCGAGUAAAAACUACUCGGCAGCUGUCCACGUGAAUCACGUGAAAGGUUUGUGCAGGAUGCCGCGCAGCAAAAGAUGCUGACGCAGGUCCGUCGAAGAACUUGUGUUUGGAGUGGAAUGGACUCGCGUGAACACAAAGGAACACUUCGAAAAAAUGGCUCUUCUAUACUUGAUUAAAAAAAUGUACAAAUUUUCUCUGAUACCAUCAUAGUGAACAGAAAUGAUUUUCAAAAGCGAGUAUUUUUAUUUAACCAUGGUAAGAUUCUAGUGUGUAUAAACAUCCUUUCGAAGUGCGAAAUUUCCGUUUGCAUCAUGAAAAGUUUCGCAAAAACUCUUUCAGAUGGAAAUGAUGCAAAUUCAGUUCAAAGUUGCAAACAAGAAGUUGGAAAACAAAAUAUAAAUGUUAAGAUCGGCUUAGCUUUUACCAUCCCUACACUCAACUAGAAAUAGUGAAAGAACAGUAACUCACUAACCUAUCUACUUCUAGGUAUAAUAUUUUACUUUGUCCUGUUUUUCAAAGUUUGUUUGGCGCUUUUCUUUCGCGAUGUCCUUCAAAGAUGAUUAGCAUUUCUCUCGCCGUUAUCAAUGGAGGCGUCAGUAUAUCAUUGUUCCGAGCGGUUGCCGCGCUAUUUUUCCAUUGACCGAACGGAUAUUGAUCGUUUGGUUAUGCACUUGGCUGCAAGAGGCGCCAGACAUUGCACAACGGCGUGAUCAGUCCGGUGAGGUGAUGUUUGGAAAGGAAGUCGAUAACAAAUAGUCGUGAGACAAGGGACUGAAUUGUGUUCUGGACUUUUUUCAUCGUGCAGCAAAAGUUUUUCACUGCAAGUAGCCUCUCUUCUUCCAAGAAUUCCAGGAAAUUUUCAAACAAUUUGCUGCGAUAUAAAACGUGGAAAUUUUCGCAAAAAGUUUUUUCGAUUCAGUUUUUUGCCUUAUUCGUGGAAGCGAACUGUCGAUACUCAAAAUGACGAGUUGUUAAACAUAUUUGCGAUUGCUAUGAACAGGCAAUAGCUUGACUGGCCAUUGAAGAGCUUCGUACACACUCUUCCGCUAGUUUGUAAUAAGCCGAGAUCUAGAGGUCGAGUGUACUCCCGUCUAAUGCAAAUGCAAUGAGGGACCUGCGCCAAUCUUGACUAGAUGACUUCAGCUCUUGAUAGUUAUCGUUUCAGCUAAAUGUUAACGAGGACGUUCAAUAAAAAAAAUAGCUCUAAUUUAAAGUAAUAGUUUCUUUUUUGACUUUCACUGCGAAUCCGAUUUAUAACUUUUUUCUUCAAUUGAGUCAUCAUUCACAGCGUGACCGCAUGCUUUCGAAGCCACAGUUUCCAAGCUGAACUAGAAACUAGUCCAUUUAUCCGAUAAAAUAAAAAUGCGCGGCUGUGCUGUCUGAAAGUGCUGCGGAUCCGUGCGAGUAUCAGUCUUCUGAACGUCAGGUUGAAAAUAACUCGUCGUUGCACUUCUUCUUCAAGCAGUAGCUAAAGACGCCUCCACGCAAGAAACAAGUCUGGUAUAAUUCCAAUGAAAGAACCAGAAGCCACGAAAGAGAUAUCAUUAAACCUUUUCUUGUUGACUAAAAGGUGGAAAAAAAAUCUUUUUGCCGGAAGAAAGCCGAUGAGAAUAACCUUCUGUAAUCACACGUUAGCAUUCAAUUUUUUCAGAAAGAUUUGAUUGGAUAAUUAUUUUGAUGGACGAGAUUAUUUUCAAAGCUCCACAUAGUUAUUUUUAUUAAUUGCAGAGCGAUGAGUCGGACGAUCAAUUGGGCAGGCCAAAGACGCCGCCGAGGCCACAGCGGCACUUGGCUCGCAAGAUGACCAUCGAAGAGGAACACGCCGGAGCGUAUUUCCGGUCAGAAUAUGCCUUUUCUCGUCGAAUACUGUUGAUAAGAAGAGCGUAGGUAGAGGUUGAGGGGGUUUUUUCAUGUAGUGAUGCAAUAGGGCGAACCUUCCAUUUAUAUCUAACAACGGACAUAAAGUAGUACGAGGGAUAUUGAGUUUGGAGUAAUAAGAUGUAAAUUAUGGGUUUUUAUAUGAGAUAAUUCUGAACUUUCACUGAGAAUUUCUCAAGUCUCAUGAUAUGGUUUUUUUUUUACGAAAAAAAAAUUUUUUUGAGAAAUUUUUUUCUUUAGAUGCAUGCAGCGUUAUGAACAACCUCAAAUUAGCUGAUACCAAAAAAACAGAAAUUCUUGAAAAAGGUACUCUCUUUCUUUAAACAUCUAGCUAAAGUAAAUUCUCUCAGGAUAUAUUCUGUGCCUUCCAAUUUUAAACAUUUUUCAAGCUUUUCGACUUCAGCGAAAAAAAUAGAAAAGUUCUAUUUUCACAAGAGAAUUGAAUUUUUUUUUUUACUAAUGGGAAUUAACUGAAGUAAAGGGGUUUUUGUGGUUCUUGCGAGUAAUUUGACUACUCACUGAUGCGUAACAACCUUGGUCGAGUCUUCUGUUCGGAAAAAAAUAGCCUCGUUUUCGUGCACUCGUGCGAUUUCUUGCUCUUCAUUCGAAUAACGUAAAUCGGGUAAAGACUGGUGGCAAAUUUGAGGUACUCGAUUCACGUGCACCUCAGGUGCGUUCAUGGACACAUAUAUAUUUGCUGAAAACAACAAGUUUUCUUCUUUUUUUUCCUCUGCAGAUUUCUGUCUGGAUAUUAUUUUUUUUGAUAUCAUUGCCGUUGAUUGAUGAAACAGUUGAAAGCUUUUGAAUUUCGUAAACGGCAGAGGGAAAAAUGAAAGUUCGUUUUCUAGGUUAGGAAUAAAUUUGAACAACCGCAGAAAAAAAAAGAAGAGAAAGGGCGAGCAAAUUAUCUUUCGACACUUCUAAUUUUUUUGUUUUCAUGCUAUCGCAACUGUUGUUUUUCAGUUUUCUUUAGCUUUCAUCCAUAUCAUUUGGACGAAUCUUUAAGCUGGUUUUCAAAAUUUUUUGUUGCUAAAAUCUGAUCGAAGACUACUUAUGAAGAGAGCACAACUUUUUAUAUUUCAUACAGACUGAUCUUAACUGAAAAAAAUGAUAUGCAAACCAGUUUUCGAAACUUCUGUGCCCAAGUUUUGAAAACUUUGUUUUAAAAAAAAGUGAAACAUCGCGGAUACGUCUACUCGAACUGCUCUCUUGCGCAAUCUUUUUUGCAUCAUUUCUGCAUCGGAAUAUUCAAAGGUUCCGAACAUUGGAAGACGCUUGCAUGAUGCAAAAUACUCUGCCCUUUUUCGUUCUAGAAGGCGCUCACUAUUCGUGCUCGAUUUUCAUAAUUAGAAAUGUUUGAAAUCGAUAAAGCUCUGAUAAAUUGCUUUUAUUCAAACUCAUUAAAUGAGUAUCCAAUACAAGAUUUAAAAAUUUGAAAAUAGUUAAAAUGUUUUCAAAGUUAGGCUUGAAAAAUGGGCCGGCGAAGUGCCUCAAUAUUUUCAUCAAAAAGGACACUUUGGGGAAAAGCGUAAAUACAUAGUACAUUUUCGCCGGAGAGAAAUGGAUUUUUCCAGAACUUUUUAUGUUUAGAUUCAUCUCAGCCAAAAGCCAAAAGCUUCGCUUUCUUUCAUGUCCUUUAACUCGGAAAUGGGAAUCCAACACUUAUUUUGAUUUUUUUUUUUUUCAAAUCACCUUUUGUAAAAUUAUUCAAGUUGUUCCUUGGAGUUUUCACAGUAUUAUGAAAAAUUUGUCAGGAGUUGUGUUAUGUAAUCGAAUGGCUAACGUUUGUCAUCAGAAAAAAUGACGUUCUUAUUCCGAACUAUUUUUUUCGAAUACGCAUUCACUUUUUUUCACAUUUUUUAUUGAAAUAUGUUUGUCUUCAUUCUGUUCAAUGAUUCCCACUAAGCGCCGCCCACUUCGAGAAUCCUCUGCCUUAUUUUUCGGCUUUAAUUUUUGUUUUUUCCUUCUUUCCUCGUAUCCAAGGCUCUCAGAAUGUUUGGCUACACCUUUAAUAGAAAGGGCUAAAUUCCGUGUCAAUAUUUCAGCCAAUUUUGAACUGACAGAAAAGGAACAUUUUUGUGAUGAGUGAACUCAUAGACUAUUUGCGUAAAUUAGCCUAUGACGUUAUUUGUUUUUAUUAGUCAUUUGGGCGGUGCAAAAGGGGUUUUUCGCUCUCUUUUUUUCCGACUCUGUUAGCUUUUCGGACAAGUGUUCUAUGAUGACAUGGUUUACUUUUUAUCGUAAGAGUUUUCAAUCAGGACAACGUUUGUUUAGAAAUGAUUUUGGACUGUGGUUCUCUUUGAAAUUUAUUUAUAGUCGUGAAGCCAUGCGUAGUUUGGGGAAACCCUUCCCGUUUUAUUUUUCAGUUUGACAGUGACGUUGUAAACUGAAAGAUUAAAGGCGCGUGACAACGUUCAGUUGUUUGAAUUCGAAAAUUGUCAGUGAACCAUAAUUUGGAAAAUAGCAUCUUAUUGGUAGAGGAUUAGAGACCGCCCCAGAACUUUUUGAUUUGGAAAACAUAUUUUUUCGACUUCCUCGUCUGUCAUUCUCAGAAUUGGUUUGACCAAAAAGUUUUACUGCGUUUCUGAUAAGUUUGAUUGAAAAGAUUUUUUCCCACGUUUUAAUUGAGAGAAUCUCAAAAUUUGGCUUUUUUUUUAAAGAAGAAAGAUCCACUACGGUUUGCUCUUUUGUUUUCGCUAACUCGCCGCUGAAAUGUUUUCUGACGCGCAGAUGCCGUAGGAAAUUUCCGAGGGGUUUCCCCGCGGCUUUCUUCUGUUGUUGCUCUGCAACGUAUCGAUCUCCCAACGAGUUCUUUUUUUUCUGCGCCAUGUUCAUUUGAUAUUUUGACGUGUGAAUUAUCCAUUUUAGAUGCGUCCAAUUAAUUUCUAUUUUUGACCUAAUCAUUUAGCGCUAUUCUUCUAUAAACUCCUUCGUUUCAUUCUUGAGCUAGAGUUUUUUCUCUUCAUUUUUUGAAAAAGAAACGUUAUCUCGACUUUUUUUCCCUCUCGUUUCCUUGGCAAUCAGAAACUUAGUUUUCUCAGGUUUCGACUUUUCGCCUCUGGCUGAUCAAAAGCAAAAACGGCGUUAUUCAUCAAUAAGCUGUGGUCGUUGGGAAGCCAUUCUGGCUCUACCCACGACCAAAACGAAGAGGAGCCGCACCGGAGGACGUCCAGCGGUUCUGAAUCUUCAGAAUACGGCGAUCAUCAUCUGAGCAGCGACGGAGGUGCUGAAGACGUCGAGAAUCGGUCGGAAGACGUCGGCUCGCGAUUGGAAGCUCCGCCUCCGACGCUUUCUGCAAUCCCGCCCAAAUCGGCGGCAGCUCUUUCGGCCAACGUCCGCAGCCCCGCCGCUGGCGUUCACUCGGUUUCCUCGUUUCGUGAGCUCUUCUCAACCGGCGUACCUCCCUCCGUCUCUGCGCCUUUCUACGAUUCGGACGAGUUCUCAUCUGACGACGAGACCAACACCACCGUUAGAAUCGCUGCGAUGGACGAUGCAGCCUUCAACAAAGAGCUCAACGAAGCUGCAUAUGACGUGUAUGUUUUGUGA